UUAAUUAUUUUUUUGUAUGCUGCAGUGUGUAUUUUUGGCCGCUACUCUAGCCCUCGCAACAGCUACACCUACCGGAUUUAUCGGAUAUAGUAGUGGUUUCGGUGGUGGUUAUGGUGGAUCUUACGGAGGCUACGGUGGUCACAGAGGAGGUUAUAAUAAUUAUGGUAGCGGAUAUGGUGUAGGAGUUGGAAUUGGUUUCACUGGAGGUUACAGUGGCUACGGUCAACAGGGAUAUAGUCACGGCUACAAUAAUGGAUAUGGCUACAAUAGUGGAUACGGCAAUAAUGGCGGAUACUAUGGUGGCAACCAAGGUUAUGGACAUGGCUACGGAAAUGGCUAUGGAAACGGCUAUGGAAACGGCUAUGGAAACGGCUACGGACACGGACACGGAUACUAUUAAUCAAACAAUAUAAUAAUUAAACCACAGGCACAGCUCAUCUUUCUUAUCAAUCAAAGUGUAUUAUGUUUUUUGGUAAAAUGUAUACUUAUACCUAAAAGUUUUAUACAUAUUUAAUAAAUUGGA